AUGGAGAGUCUUCAACGUGUUUUGCUAGCUGUGAUCAUUGUGGCUUUUGGCAUUACUACACAUCUUAUUCAAGCUCAGCCUGAUCCAAAAGGAUUCAUCAGCUUGGAUUGUGGAUUACACCCCGCGGCCUCUCCUUAUACCGAACCAUUAACCAAACUAACAUACACAUCUGACGCAAACUUCACCCAAGGUGGUCAAACUGGUAGAGUCCAAAAGUCUUAUGAAGAGGAAUAUAAGCCAUUCACAGUUCUCAGAUAUUUUCCAGAAGGAAUAAGAAAUUGCUAUAAUCUAAAAGUCACAUCAGGCAGAAAGUAUCUUAUCAAAGCUCUCUUCCAAUAUGGGAAUUAUGACGGGCUCGAAAAUGAACCAAAAUUCGAUCUGUAUCUUGGUCCUAACAUAUGGACAACGGUCGAUUUAAAAAGCAUUUUUGGUCCAGACAAAGAGGAGAUCAUACACAUACCAAAGUCAAGCUCGUUGCAGAUAUGUCUUGUUAAAACAGGGAAGACUACACCAAUCAUUUCAGCCUUGGAACUAAGACCCUUGAGGGAUGACACUUACACCACUACGAACGGCUCCUUGAAGCUCUUGAAACGCUCAUAUGCUGUUGAUUUUCUCGGUCCCACCAUACGAUAUCCCGCAGAUGUGUAUGAUCGUGAAUGGAAGCAGUUAAGUUUUUCAUCGCCGUUUAAUUUUGUAAACACAAGUCUCAAUGUAAAUUCUUCUACUCCUUAUGAGCUACCACAAGAAGUCAUUUCAAAGGCAAUCGUUAAUAAAAACGUGACCAACACGUUAACUUAUCAAUGGACUAUGGAAGACCUCGAGGAUCAAGCUCUAAUAUAUCUUCAUUUCGCUGAGAUACAAACACUUCAAGGUAACGACACAAGAGAAUUCGACAUUACGUGGAUAGGAAAGGACGAAAACUUUACAGUUUCGGCUUAUCGCCCUCCAAAGUUGCAACUAGAGACUCUAUACAACGCCUCGCCUCUGAAAUGUAGGUUGAUUGGAUGUACAGUGGAGCUUGUUAUGACUAAGAGCUCAACUCUCCCACCAAUGCUCAAUGCCAUGGAAGCUUACAAGAUUAUUGAGUUUCCAGAUGCUGAAACUAAUCCAGAGGAUGUGGCUGCGGUCCAGAAUGUUCGAGAUACUUAUGAACUGAGUAGAAUCGACUGGCAAGGAGAUCCAUGCGUUCCUAUGAUGUUCAGAUGGGAGGGUAUAAACUGCAGCUACACAAAUACUACUAUCCCACCAAGAAUCAUUUCCUUAGACUUAUCAUCAAGUGGACUAGAAGGAGUCAUAGCAUCUAGCAUACAAAACCUAACCCAUCUACAAGAACUGGACUUGUCGAAUAACAAGCUUAGUGGAGAAGUGCCUGAGUUUCUAGCUAACAUGGAAUCAUUGUUGCUCAUAAACUUAGGGUGGAACAGUUUAACCGGUUCAGUUCCUCAAGCCCUUCGUGAUAGAGAAAAGAAAGGCCUGAAAUUGACUGUUCAAGGAAACCCAAAUCUUUGUCUCUCCGCCUCAUGCAACAAUAACAAGAAAGUCUUAGUGCCAGUUAUUGCAUCGGUUGCUUCUGUCGUAGCUCUUGUCGCCUUGUUGGUUCUUAUUUUUGUUUGCAGAAAGAAAAACCGCUUAGCAGAAGCUACUACACGAGAGUUACCACGAAAGUCCUCAAUAUAUUCCAAAAAGAAAAGGUUCACUUAUUCAGAGGUAGUAGAACUAACGGACAACUUCAAAAAAGUUCUUGGAGAAGGAGGGUUUGGAGUUGUCUACUACGGUUCUUUGAGUGAUACCGAACCAGUAGCUGUUAAAGUUCUCUCCGAGUCAUCAGUUCAAGGCUAUAAAGAAUUUAAGGCAGAGGUGGAGCUACUUCUAAGAGUUCAUCACAUAAACUUGGUAAGCCUUGUUGGUUACUGUGAUGAAGGAGGUCACUUAGCACUUAUCUAUGAGUACAUGGCUAAUGGAGACCUUAAACAACAUUUAUCAGGAGAAGGUGCUGGAUCUACUUUGAAAUGGGCUAGUAGACUAAAAAUUGCUAUCGAGGCAGCACAUGGGUUAGAGUAUUUGCAUGUUGGAUGUGAGCCGCCAAUGGUUCAUAGAGAUGUCAAAAGUACAAAUAUACUAUUGGACGAUCGUUUUGAGGCCAAACUUGCGGAUUUUGGGCUUUCAAGAUCAUUUGCCAUCGGGGCUGAAACUCAAGUAGCAACAGUAGUGGCUGGAACACCUGGAUAUCUUGAUCCUGAAUAUUACCAAACAAAUUGGUUAAACGAGAAGAGUGAUGUCUAUAGUUUCGGUAUUGUACUAAUGGAAAUCAUAACAAACCGGUCUGUGAUUGAGCUAACCCGAGAAAAAGCUCAUAUAGCAGAAUGGGUAAAGAUUCUAAUAAGCAGAGGAGAUCUUGAGAAAAUCGUUGACCCAAACCUUGGUGGAGAUUAUGACUCUAACACAGUCUGGAAGAUUCUUGAACUAGCAAUGUCAUGUGUGAGUCAAUCUUCAUCAGAUAGACCAACCAUGUCGAAAGUUGUUAACGUGCUUAAAGAGUGUUUGAUCUCUGAGAGUUCGAGGAUGGGAGGACCGGUUCAAGAUGAUGAUUCAAAGAACGCGUUAGAAUUGACUGUCGAUUUUGGAACCCAAGUAACCCCUGAUGCACGCUAG